AUGAUUUUCACACCGCCGACUUUCCUUCCUACCCUGCCAUCUGUCCCGCUCCAAGAGCCGGUCGGGGAUUUUUGUCUGGCAAAAAGUCUUGCCAGGACCAUAGCAUCCGACUCGACGGAGAAGCGAGCCCCCUUUGUAGAGGCAACGAUCGAUCGGGCAUGGACAUCGGACGAAAUCAGUGCUCGCGUCGCUCAAGUAGCGGCCGCCUUGUGCUCGUCGUGGCAGCUUGUUCCCGGGCAAAAGUGGCAUAAAAUAGUCGCCAUCUUGGCUUCCAACAGCGUUGACACUCUGAUUCUUUCAUGGGCUAUCCACCGCAUUGGCGGUGCUUGCCUCAUGAUGCAACCUACGAGCUCGGCUGAAGAGAUCGCAGGCCACUUCGACCGUGUGCCGCCGUUCGCCAUGUUUGUGUCACAAGAUCUACUCCCUCUAGCCCAGGAAGCCGUUCAAGGGAGCUCCCUAUCAAAACUGCCACUCUACAGGCUUUCCGUGCCGGGAGGAGCGGCCGAGCCAGAUCGGGACCUGGGCAGAAUCACUACUCUUGAUGACUUGGUCGCAGCCGCUAAGGGUCUACAUCCGGUACAGAAGGCUCCUUUGUCUAUCAACGAGGCGACUCGACGUGUGGCGUACUACUGUACCACGAGCGGCACAUCUGGCUUCCAGCGCAUCGUGGCCAUAACGCACGAAAACCUCAUCGCCAGCAUCCUGCAGGCUUCAGAGUUUCUACAGACCACCAGAGAGGCAGGCUCCGAGGUAGCUUUGGGUUUCCUGCCGUUCAACCACAUCUAUGGUCUUUGGACAGCUCAUGUGUUAAUGUAUCUUGGCGACAGCGUCAUCAUCCAUCGUGGCUUUAACUUCAUGGAGAUCAUGGCCUCUAUCGUCAAAUACCGCAUCAAUACACUUUACCUGGUGCCGCCUAUUAUCAACGCUCUGUCACGGAAUGGAUCUACGUUGGGUCAAUUUGAUUUGAGCUCCGUUCGCUCGAUCGUGUCGGGUGGCGGACCUCUUAGUAAAGAAGCCUUUGCCAAAAUGCAAGCCGUGUGCCCCCAGGUGCGAAUUCUCAGUGGUUGGGGUCUAACCGAAACCUGCGGUGUCGGGUCCCUGUCAUGUUUCAGCGAGAUCUUCCCGGGUUCGAGUGGGAUCUUACUCCCGGGCGUCCGCAUCCGAUUGAGAGACGAUAACGGCCGUGAGAUUGAGACUCUCGAGGAAAUGGGCGAGAUCGAGAUUGCCUCUCCCAGCCUCGUGCGCGGGUACAUUGACUCUGCCAGCGAUGCGCUUCUCCCGCCUACGGACAAUGCGGACUUCUGGUGGCCAACAGGCGACGUCGGCCUCUUCCGCGCGGCCCCUAGCGGCGAAUACCACCUGUUCAUUGUAGAUCGCAUCCGCGACAUGAUCAAGGUCAAGGGCAAUGGAGUCGCCCCCGGCCAAAUAGAGGCGCAUCUGAUCCAACACGCCGCCGUCGCCGAGACCGCCGUCAUCGGUAUCCCUGACGAAGUAGCUGGCGAGCGAGCUCUGGCCUUCGUGGUUCGGGAGCCGUCGUAUGCACCCGAUACGAGCGAGGCCGAUCUUCGAAGGGCAAUCCGCGAUUACAACGACCUGGAACUGCCUGAGGUUUGCCGUCUGCAGGACCGAAUCGUCUUCAUCGAUCAGAUACCGAAAAGUGCGAGCGGCAAAAUGCUUAAGCGAGAACUGAGGAAGCAGGUGUCUUCGUUUGGCUUCCCCAGUCCCCUUCCCUCAACUUGA